AUGGGCCAGGUCGCCCUCACUGGCGCUUUUGCAGGUCUCAGUCUUUUUGACAACUCUACCCCCUCUUCCUUUGACCCUUCUACGACGUCUUUGCUCUCUCGUACAACUCAGGGUGCCCUAGCGAACCUCGGCAACACCAACUCCGGUGGUUCAAUCUCUGCCGGUUGCGCUCUCGGUGAUCUUUUUUAUAUUGCUGGGUCGUUCUCCUCCAUUGGAAACGUCUCCGCUAACUACGUCGCAUCAUACUCGCCGUCUCCAGGGACUUUUUCCUCAGUCGGUUCAAGUGGACCUAACGGCCCCGUCACUGCUGUAUACUGUGACGUUCCCAACAACAACCUCUGGGUUGGUGGUAAUUUCUCAUCGCCAGGCUCAUCUGUGGCCGUUUGGAAUACCAAGUCGAAUGCUUGGUCAGCACCGCCCUUCAAAGGGCUAUCGGGUGCAAACGCCCAAGUCUUUUCAAUUUCCCAAAAUAUCUCUUCGUCGAGUUUGUUCUUCGCCGGUUCAUUUGUCACGUCUUUCGCGGGAAAUACCACGUCAGUUAACAAUACCAACAAUCCCAAUGUACCAUACUCUCCUGGUGCAUCGCCGUUCUCGUCGUCGCUGGUUCCUAUCCCUCUGCAAAAUGCCGAGAUCGAAGCGGCACCCUCGUCUACAAAUCCGGAGUAUAGUAACAUCCAGGCUAUUCUUUGUCCAGCUGGUCCAGAUGGGCCGGAUAAUACCUGGCUUGCACAAGACGGAAAUAGUGCCGUCAUCACUGUCCUAACAUUUUCGUCCAUCAGUGCGUAUGGUAUUCGUCUUGGAAAUACAUUCAUGAGUGGCUACGGAACAACGGGUUUCAGUGUUACCUCAAUUCCCGAUAACACUGUGCAGGCACUGUCAUACGUGGAUAUAUCUACGAGUCAGAAUGAAACGUGUACAAAUCUGUGUCCAUUAUCGACAGACCCCUCUGCGCUUUACCAGGAUUUCUUAUUCAGUUCACCUGUGACCCUGUCUGGCGUUCAAAUCACACUCUCUGAAUGGACUGGCGCUGCUCCUGGCUUGCACAUGAUGCAGUUACUGUCCUCCGGCGCUUUCGUCUCUGCGAUUGCCGACGGGAAUACCCAGUCCUGUUUUGCACCUAAUCCGUCAAAUGUCACCUUGACUGGUACCUGGACUACAAAGGACGCUAGUACUGAUAUCCCGGCAACUUUGCAGACUGUCCUUGUGUCGACUGUUACCGUUGGUACACCGGCGGCUCAGGCUCCUACAUUUACUUGGAUGCCUUAUGUUUCGGCAGCCGGACAAUACGACAUCAAUAUGGUCAUUCCUGGUUGCGCAGAUUUCCAGGAUUGUGACCUUCGCACUUCCGUUAAAUUGACGGUAUUCCCUGGCGGCGGCACGCAACCUUACGUCUCAACUGUAUCACAGCAGAUUCAGGAAGACACUACCAUCCUCAUAUACAGCGGGCCAGUUGUUCCCAGCUCCUCUACCUUCGAGUUGACGGUUACCAUGGCCCUCGCUGACAGUCCGAUUGGAAGUGGUCAGAAUGGAGAAUAUGAGUUGGUUGCAGGAAAUCUAGAACUCACCUUGACUUCUGCCAAUUUGACAUCGAGCUCUGGUUCUGCAUCAUCUAGCGCAAAUUCCAGUGGUAGCGCUGGGAUUCUGCAUGGUUUUGGAUUUUUUGAAUGGCCGCUGAACCCUCCCACCAGUUUCGAUGCGACGGGUACUGUUCCAGCUGCGAGCGAAACGUUCCUUGACGGAGUUGGCGUGGAGUUGUACAAUGCUCUUGGCGCCUCUGUUUCUGGAACGACGGAAGUGUCCGCCGUUAUCCAACAUUCUUCAGGAGUGUUGUUCUUAGGCGGGAACUUCGAGUCUAGUGCCGGGUUUUCCAACAUCGUCACCUUCAAGGAUGGACACUUGGUUGCGUUGACGGAGAAUGGACUUAAUGGAGCAGUUUCUUCCUUUGCUCUUGAUGGCGACGACCUGUACAUCGGAGGGUCCUUCUCUGAUACUCAAACUCCUUCAAUGCAAGGCAAGUUGCGUGGCAUCGCUGUUUAUCACAUCGACUCCGGUUCGUGGGGCGCGCUCGGUGCCGGCCUCAAUGGACCUGUCACCAGUCUCGCACUUUCUAAUGGUCAACUUCAAGUUGUUGGUAAUUUCACUGAGGCACUGUCUCCAUCAAGCAUUGCCUCUAGCGCAGGAGGACUUGCUGUUUGGGACAUCGCGGGUGGGUCCUGGAUUAAUAGCGGUGGCUUUGUACUAGGAAACAUGACAUUCGUCUGUCCAAGCACUUCCGUUGGUGGGAACUCAGACUCUCAGUUCUUGGCUGGGAACGUUCAAAGCAUGGCGGAGUAUGGCUCUACGGGAUUCGUCAUGUUAUCGAACGGCGCCGACGGUCCUGCCAUAAGCCCUGUUAGCGUCCAACUCGAUGCCAAUGUCAAUUCAUCUGUGGUACCAGCGAUGAACCGCCGCAGGGAGCAUCAUGCUCGGGGUCCGGUGUCAUGGUUCUCUCAUCACGUGAAGGCGACCCUGUAUCCUCGCCAACAAAGCUCAUCGCUAACGUUACCCCCUUCUCCACCCACCCCCGCCCCUGCUGUCCUUGCUGGUGCAUUCUGGUCUAACACAUCUUCGUCCGAGGAAGUGAUGAUCAUCGGCGGUAACUUCACUUUUGUCUCUGCUUCCGGGACUGUGUCACAGGCUGUAGCGAUCUACGAUCCAUCCUCGUCUACCAUCAACGCACUUCCCGGCUCCCAGGUGUAUGGCAUCGUCCGUGCCUUGCUGGUGGAUUCAGAACAGCACCUAUAUGUUGGGGGAGAGUUCAACUUGAGCAAUGCUAAUGGAUUCGCGAUCUAUGACCUCGGUGCUGAAGAAUGGUUGACGUCAACUCAAACUCUUCAAGCAGCCUCGGCAACGCCUAUUGUUCGUUCCAUCUCAAUCUCGGCCUCCAAACCCAACGCCGUUAUCGUUGCUGGCUCUUUCAGCCAAGCCGGUACAGUCACGUGUCAAGCAAUCUGCCUUUUAGAUACGCAGCUCGAUCAAUGGAGUGCUCUUGGUGGGGGCAUUCAGGGUGAUAUUUCGUCCGUAUCUUAUGCUGGGAGCAACCAAGAGUUUUUGAUCGCCGGUGGUGUUAUCACACUUCCCAACGGCACAACCACGAGCGUUGCACAGUACAGUUUUCCAAACGCCACCUGGACUGCUGUUGGGAAUCCUACUGAUAUUCCAGGGCCUGUCACAGCUCUGGCAGUAGAUGAUGGCAAUUCAUCGAGCAUAUUCGCUGCUGGCCGUACCAGUGAUGGAUCAUCACCUUUUAUGGUCUUUUGGGAUGGUAUUUCGUGGUCUCACGUCGGCACGAGCUUACAGGGCAACUCAAAUAUCUCCCAAUUGCUUAUGGUGCCGCUGCAGAACACACACAGCCCAAACAGCGUUGUAGAGUCUGACAGGAUGCUUAUGGUGUCAGGGUCCCUAUCAGACCAGUCAUUCGGCUCGGCAUCGUCUGUGCUUUUCGACGGAGAGACAUUCAUCCCUUAUAUUACCUCAUUGUCUACCCAAGGGACGAUGGGCUUUGUUUCUGCCUUAUUCUACUCGAUUGCCAAUUUCAGUUUCGUGCAACAACAUUUCCUCGCAACGGGAAUUGUCAUCUUGAUAUCCAUUGCGAUUGCUGCUGGUGUUGUUUUCUUCCUUGCACUCGUUGGUAUCAUCUGGACUCUCUUAUCAAGAAGAGACGACGGUGCUGCCAAAUACGACUCCAGCGACGAGGACAAAGAUUCCAUUCAGCACCGCCCGUCGUCGCUGCUUGAACAUAUCAAUGCCGCCACGCGAACGACCAUACUUGGCACCAGUGCCUUCAAUGUUAGUACCGAGAAGGAGGAGAUGGCACGUGAAGGUGGGUCCGCGGAGCCAGAUCCAUUCGGGCCAGACGGAAGCAAUUAUUUGCGUGCUGAGACACCAUCGGAUGCGGUCGUUGGCACCAUGGCAGCUGCAGAGGAGUAUAGCCGACCUGCACAUGCGCGGUACGCAUUCGAUGGGACAGAGGAGGGCGAGCUCCCUUUGACCGUUGGGUUGGAAGUAGAAGUUCUUGACGAUAGAGACGCUGCAUGGUGGUACGUUAGGAAUCCUCAGACAGGUCAAGAGGGUGUCGUUCCCGCAGCAUAUUUAUAUUGA